GAUUUUCCAGUGUCAGUAUCUUACAAUCGGUUCAGGUUCAGCUUCGCGGCGUUGGUCCAGCCUCCUGACGGUGCGCAACUCUCAGGGAACGGAGUGGUUUUGCGCUUUUUUCAUGAAAGCCCUUCACCAUCAGUCUGAGAGCUGGGCUUAAGGGGGAGCGGAUCUGAAGGGCCCAGUCUGGCUGUGAGAGGCAUCUUUAUACUUUCACACAUGGCGCUGUAGUAUAAGCACAUUUUUUGUGGAUUGUGGAAGGGACCGAAUUUUAUUAAAAGUCGCCCGUUUUCUGUACAGCUGCGGGCGCUCACCAUGGAGAUGCAAAGGUGGACAACCAGGUGGAAAACGAAAAGGUGGCUAUGGGAUUCAACGCUAACCGCAUUGGUCACGUUAAUUUUAAUUCUACAAGCUGCCAAUGUCAGAGCAGCUGAACCAGUGGAUGUACUGAAGGUGCUAGACUUCCAGAGCUCUCCUGAAGGAGUACGCAAAACACCAGGCUUCUGCACAGUCCGCAGAGGAUCCAAACCUGACAUAGCUUACAGAGUGGGAAAACAGGCUCAGAUCAGUGCUCCAACCAAACAGCUCUUCCCAGGGGGAGUUUUCCCAGAAGAUUUCUCCAUCCUGUUUACCAUCAAGCCUAAGGCCGGCCUCCAGUCCUUCCUGCUGUCCGUGUACAAUAAACAAGGCAUCCAGCAGCUCGGCGUGGAGGUGGGCCGUGCCCCCGUGUUCCUGUAUGAGGACCAGCAUGGCAAGCCUGCCCCAGAGGAGUACCCCUUGUUCCGCUCCAUCAACCUUGCUGACAGCAAAUGGCAUCGUGUGGCUAUCAGCGUGGAGAAGAAGAGUGUCACUAUCAUUGUGGACUGUAAGAAGAAGGUGACCAGGCCACUUGCCAGAAGCGACCAGGCCGUCAUCAACACAGACGGCAUUACUGUCUUUGGCACCAGAAUCUUGGAUGAGGAGGUGUUUGAGGGUGACAUCCAGCAGCUGCUGAUAGUGGCAGACCCCAGGGCAGCCUAUGACUACUGUGAACACUACAGCCCUGACUGUGAAACCCCCAACCACCACGACACCCCCCAGGCUCAGGAACCUGAGGACGAGUACACUAACUAUGAAUAUGGUGAGUUCUAUGACUACAGUGAAGGAGAGUUAACCACUGAUGCUCCCCCAACAGAAGGACCCAAGACUGAGACGGUUGUGGGUGGAGACUACUACACGGGUGAGUAUGACUAUACCACGGUGGAUGGAAGUCAGCCAGAAACCCCCACUGCGACUGGAGGACAAGGACAGAGCUACGAUGGUGAAAUAGUGGAUGAUUACAUCACCGGUGUGGAACAGGUUGGGGCGGACCCCACGGUAGCUGUGGAAACUGCUGCCCCAGUGGACCCCCAAGAGAAGGCGGACCCCGCCACUGACGUGUAUGAAUUUAAGGAGUACGACCUGAAGGAAUAUGACAACAAAGAGCUUGUAGAGAAGCCAUAUGACUAUGGUGAUUAUGGUGAUUAUGGCCCCACUGACGCCAAGCCUACAUCUGUAACAUAUGAAGAGUUUGGUCCUGGCGUUCCAGCGGAGACGGACUUCAGAGAAAGCAGUGUGACUGGAGGUCAAAGUUACCUGGGAGAAAAAGGAGAGAAGGGUGAACCUGCUGUCAUUGAGCCAGGGAUGCUUAUAGAAGGACCCCAAGGAGCCCCUGGCCAAGCAGGUCUUCCUGGUACCCCAGGAUUGCAGGGUCCCCCAGGUCCCCCAGGAGAUCAUGGUGAGAGGGGUCCUCCAGGGCGUCCUGGUAUUCCUGGAUCAGACGGUGUCCCUGGGCCUCCAGGUACCAUUCUGAUGCUUCCAUUCCGUGCUGGCGGUGAGGCACACAAGGGACCUGUGGUUACAGCUCAGGAGGCUCAGGCUCAGGCCAUCCUUUCUCAGGCUAGGCUGGCUAUGAGAGGUCCUCCAGGGCCAGCGGGCAUGACAGGAAGAUCUGGUCCAGUGGGAGGUCCUGGUGCUCCUGGACUUAAAGGUGACAGUGGUGAUCCUGGACCACAGGGACCCAGAGGUCUUCAGGGUCCAACUGGGCCUCUAGGAAAAGCAGGAAAGAGAGGUCGUAAUGGAGCUGAUGGUGCUCGAGGAAUGCCAGGAGAGGCAGGGCCCAAGGGUGACCGAGGUUUUGACGGCCUCCCUGGUCUUCCUGGAGAGAAAGGACAUAGAGGAGAACAGGGUCCUACAGGUCCUCCAGGACCUCCAGGAGAGGAUGGCCCAAGAGGUGAAGAUGGCCAGGUUGGACAGAGAGGUGUGGCUGGAGAGAGUGGUCCUAGAGGUUUGCUUGGCCCAAGAGGGUCUCCAGGUCCGGCAGGACAACGUGGUCUUCCUGGACUUGAUGGGCAAGCUGGUCCCAAAGGAAACAUGGGUCCUCAAGGAGAGCCAGGGCCUCCUGGGCAACAGGGUAUGCCUGGCCCACAUGGUCUUGUCGGUCCUCAAGGUCCAAUUGGGCCUCCUGGUGAAAAAGGACCUCAAGGUAAACAAGGUUUGGCUGGCCUUCCUGGUGCCGAUGGCCCCCCUGGUCACCCAGGAAAGGAAGGUCCUCCAGGCGAGAAAGGAGCAGCUGGUCAUCCUGGACCUAUGGGAUCCAUCGGCUACCCUGGGCCUCGUGGUGUGAAAGGUGCUGAGGGCAUCAGAGGUCUUAAAGGUGGCAAAGGAGAAAAGGGAGAAGAUGGAUUCCCUGGCUUCAAAGGAGACAUGGGGCUCAAGGGUGACAAGGGUGAGGUUGGUGUACAAGGGCCCAGAGGAGAGGACGGUCCCGAGGGCCCCAAGGGCAAGUCGGGACCUAGCGGAGAAGCUGGUCCCAUUGGAUCAGCUGGAGAAAAGGGAAAACUUGGAGUCCCUGGUUUGCCUGGGUACCCUGGAAGACAAGGCCCCAAGGGCUCCAAUGGCUUCCCUGGAUUCCCCGGGGCAAAUGGCGAGAAGGGAGCGAGGGGAAUCGCCGGCAAAUCUGGCCCCAGAGGGCAGCGUGGCCCAACGGGUCCACGUGGUGGGCGUGGUGCAAGAGGACCAACAGGAAAACCAGGUGCAAAGGGUACCUCAGGCAAUGAUGGACCUCCCGGCCCACCAGGAGAGAGGGGACCUCAAGGACCACAGGGACCUGUCGGCUUCCCUGGACCCAAAGGACCCAAUGGCCCACCAGGAAAAGAUGGGCUGCCUGGUCACCCUGGACAGCGGGGAGAGACGGGCUUCCAAGGAAAGACAGGACCUCCAGGACCUGGGGGGGUGGUUGGACCACAGGGACCAACCGGAGAGGUGGGACCCGGCGGAGAGCGAGGACACCCAGGCUCUCCUGGUCCACCUGGUGAGCAAGGUCUACCCGGAGCUGCUGGAAAAGAGGGUGGAAAGGGUGAUCCAGGUCCUCAGGGCCCUGGUGGCAAGUCAGGACCUCCUGGCCUGAGAGGCUUUCAGGGGGCAAGAGGUCUUCCAGGGGCCAUGGGUCCAGCUGGCUUAAAGGGAGGAGAAGGGCCUCAGGGUCCCCCUGGCCCCAUCGGUUCUCCUGGAGAGAGAGGUGCUGCUGGUCCUGGAGGUCCCAUUGGUCUGACAGGACGCAAUGGCCCCCAAGGACCACCUGGCCCAGCUGGAGAAAAGGGAGCUCCUGGAGAGAAAGGUCCAAUGGGUCCUGCUGGCCGUGAUGGCAUUCAAGGUCCUGUUGGUCUUCCUGGUCCGGCUGGUCCUCAGGGUCCCCCUGGAGAGGACGGUGACAAGGGAGAAGUCGGUGGACCUGGACAGAAGGGAAGCAAAGGAGACAAGGGAGAACUUGGUCCACCAGGUCCAAGUGGUCUUCAGGGUGUGGUUGGAGCUCCUGGCCCAGCUGGUAGUGACGGUGAAUCUGGACCGAGAGGACAGCAGGGUAUGUUUGGCCAGAAAGGAGAUGAAGGACCCAGAGGAUUCCCAGGUCUACCAGGACCCAUUGGGCUGCAGGGUUUGCCCGGCCCUCCUGGUGAGAAGGGAGAGAAUGGAGACGUCGGACCAAUGGGUCCUCCUGGUCCUCCUGGCCCCAGAGGUCCUCAAGGUCCCAGCGGUGCCAAUGGUGCACAAGGUCCUCCCGGUGGUAUUGGUGCAAUGGGAGGUGUUGGUGAGAAGGGAGAAACUGGAGAGGCUGGAAACCCAGGAUCACCUGGAGAGCCUGGUAUCGGAGGCCCCAGAGGAGAGACUGGAGAGAAGGGAGAAACUGGCCCACCAGGAGCUGCUGGACCCCCUGGUGCCCGCGGACCCCCUGGAGAUGAUGGUCCCAAGGGUAACCCUGGUCCUGUCGGGUUCCCAGGAGACCCUGGUCCCCCUGGCGAGCCUGGUGCUGCUGGUCUUGAUGGUUUACCAGGUGACAAGGGAGAUGAUGGAGAGGCCGGUCAACCUGGUCCUUCAGGUCCAUCUGGUGAAGCUGGAGUACCAGGACCUCCUGGCAAAAGGGGACCUGUUGGAAAAGCAGGUCAGGAGGGCAGACAAGGAGAAAAAGGAUCCAAGGGAGAAGCAGGAGCAGAGGGCCCUGUUGGAAAAACUGGACCUGUGGGACCUCAGGGACCCCCUGGAAAGCCUGGUCCUGAGGGUCUACGUGGAAUCCCUGGCCCUGUUGGUGAGCAAGGACUCCCUGGUGCUUCUGGUCAGGAUGGCCCUCCUGGACCUCUUGGACCCCCUGGACUUCCUGGUAUGAAAGGUGACUCUGGAUCCAAGGGAGAAAAGGGUCAUCCAGGUUUAAUUGGUCUGAUCGGACCCCCUGGUGAGCCCGGAGAGAAGGGAGACAGAGGUCUGCCUGGACCUCAGGGUACUGCAGGUGGCAAGGGUGAUGCUGGUCUUGGUGGUCCCCAAGGUCCUCUUGGUCCUCCUGGUCCCCCUGGUAUUUCUGGCCCUCAAGGACAGAAGGGAUCCAAGGGAUCAUCUGGUUCAGCCGGACAGAAGGGAGACCCUGGACUGAUUGGACCACCUGGACCUCCUGGUCCACCUGGUGAUGUCAUCCAGCCACUGCCCAUCCAAGGUUCCAGAAAGACCAGGCGGCAGGCUGAGAUGCAGGGAGACGAGGCAUUGACAGACUACGGCGUGGAUGGGGUGGGUAUGGAGGGAAUGGAGGAUGUCUUUGGAUCCCUCAACAACCUCAAACAGGACAUAGAGCGCAUGAAGUUCCCCAUGGGCACCCAAGACAAUCCUGCCAGGACCUGCAACGACCUGCACCUCAGCCAGCCUGACUUCCCAGAUGGUGAAUACUGGAUUGAUCCAAACCAGGGCUGCAUAGGAGACUCCAUCAAAGUGUUCUGUAAUUUCACAGCAGGUGGAGAAACGUGCAUUCACCCAGAUAAGAAAUCCACAGGAGUUAGAAUAUCCAACUGGCCCAAGGAGUCUCCAGGUUCAUGGUUCAGUGAAUUUAAACGUGGCAAAAUUUUGAACUACGUUGAUGUGGCAGAAAACACCAUCAACACAGUGCAGAUGACCUUCCUGAAGCUGCUGAGCUCCUCAGCACGGCAGAACUUCACCUACAUUUGCCAUCAGUCUGUGGCCUGGUACGACGCCAAGGCUGACAACUAUGACAAGGCGCUGCGCUUCCUGGGCUCCAAUGAUGAGGAGAUGUCUUACGACAAUAAUCCCUUCAUUAAGCCACUGAUGGACGGCUGCUCGGUGAAGCAGGGCUAUUCAAAGACAGUGAUGGAGAUCAACACUCCCCGCAUCGACCAGUUGCCCAUCAUUGACGUCAUGCUGAAUGACUUUGGGGACUCCAACCAGAGGUUUGGCUUCGAGGUCGGCCCCGUCUGUUUCCUCGGCUAGACACACCCCUACUCCCCGCUGAAGGACAGGGUCAGAGGGUACAUAUUAACACCCACACGCUGAGAUCUGACAACCUUUAACCUUCUCUCCCCGUGAAGCAAAAAACCUGUGUUUUCUUUUGUUGCCGAGAAGAUCCACUCAAGCCCGGAGAAGAAGGGUGCCCCCAGGCCCUGUCAUGAAAGCGCUGGCCAGGGGAAACUACUCCUCGCCCUUGUAGGGCCAGAAUCACAUGACUUUAACUUAGUAAUGGGAGUGACAUCAGGAAAAGGACAUUUGAUGCCGUGGCGGACAGUGGCGCACUUUCAGCAACAGAGAGAGGAUCCACUCACCCCAAGCCCCAUCCUCCCUUGUCCUUCCCCCUCCCACCACACCUCCCUCUCUGGAUGCUCCAGGUGCUGCUCUGAAUACAACCACAGAUGUGCUUUUGUGCAGAAUCACAAAACACUCAAGGUGCUACAAAAAGUGCUUUUUGAUAAAACUGUAAUUAUUAUUAUUAUUUUGUACAAUAUUGUUCCUUUCCGAAUCCACUCUAAAAACUUGCAUGUGCCCCAGCUCUUAAAGUUUAAAUAAAUAUUUGGUUAACUACAUUAGAAAUAAAUCCUAUAAAUAUAUUUGAUGAUUGCUAAGAACAAAUUUGAUGAGAAAUAUUAUGUCUUUGGAAACAUUCAUGACAUAAUCUGACAAAAGCUACAAUUUGUAAGUAUAAAAUAAUCCUUUUGUAAAUAAUACAACUUUCAGUAUUUGACUUUUUUGAGAACAAACAAACUGGAACACGACACUUAACUCAAAAAGCAUUUUGUCUUUUUUUCAUAUCAUACCAAUUGGUAUGUCCAUUGGGAAAUUAAGCCAUAAUAAGAUGAGAUAGUAAUAUAAAUAUUGUAAGAAAGGGCUUAUUCUUCCAGACAGACUUUAUUCACCUAGAUGUUAUACCUCAGUUUCUUUUAAAAAUGUGGACAUAUUUGGCUCCUCGACCAUGUUUAUAUCUUGACAACACAAUCAAGUUUGGACAUUAUUUGUGGUGGCUAACUUACAAAGAGAAGAUUAUUGUGUAGUUAAAUUCAUCCAGUUGUUUUUUUAUUAUUAUUAUUAUUAUUAAUUCACAGAAAAAAAAACCCUGUUGAUUUUCUUCUUUGUAACAAUGAACAAAAUGUUUUCAUGUGCCUUGACUUGUUCAUUCAAAAAUAUUAAAACUGGAUUCUGAAAAAUGUCGGGUUGAAUGUCUGUAUUGUUGGCUAUUUGAGUGCCGAUAUGAUUAGUGCUCUUUUUGUGAUUCUGCGCUGCCUUUUACAUAUUACCUUCCUUCGCCAUGAUAAUUUAAGAUUAGGAGGAUUAGUGGUUCCAAGUGUUUGGGCUUGUUUGAUUGAUUCUGCUGAGCCCAGGUGCUGUGAUCUCCUCCAGUUUCUUUCUCUGACUCAGAUUUGACUUUGAUCAAGAUCUGUUUGCAUCUCCACCUCCUUAGCUUACAGCUAUGAUAGCAUAGACUUCAGAGCCGCUUUCAAACCUGUGUAAUUACAGUAUGUUUACAACCUAUGUACAACUGAAAUAAAUGUUUGGUGCUUUGCCAAAUGCA